AUGGUAUCCAGCCUAGUGAGGUAUGAGAGCCAGUCUAUUGUAGAGAGGAAUGGUAUCCAGCCUAGCAAGGUAUGAGAGCCAGUCUAUCAUGGAGAAGCAUGCUAUCAAGCCUAAAAAUGUUAAACUUAGUAAACUGGUUAAGUUACAGUCAUCGGCCUAUCUAGGUAUGCUAGCCAAUCUAAUGCAGUAUGGUGGCCUGCCUAAUGUAAUAUGUUAUUUGUUGUCAAUGCUAUUCUGCUAAUAAACUUUUCCAGGAGUUUAUUGCAUCCUUCUCUCUCCAGGCUCAUGGAUUAAAUCUUCUCUUGUGCCGCUCCUUCCAACUUGAGUACCUGGUUCGGCACCCCGAGGUACGUGACGUGGAGCCCUCCACCGUGCAAACAGCAUUCAAAACCCCCCAGAGAAAAGCAUCUGAAGAGGAUUUUGUAAGGAAGCCCCUAGAUCCUGGAUUGGUGUCUCAAAACAUUAACGCCUUGAUAUCUUUUCGCCACCUGCCACGGACUGAACACUAUGACUCCUCCAGCAGCCACGUGAGUUAUAACUAUUAUUUCACCACUGGUAGGCACAGUCACGUGUCAAAAAAUUUCCCUUUACUUCACUCCUGCAAAUGUGGACUCAGUGACACGGCUCAUAAGUUCCCAAGCCAGAGCAGAUUUGAGCAACAGAGCAGACCAACAGGACUGCUCACUAAAAUGGAAACUGGGGAUUGAUUGACCAUGGUAUUGAUCAUUUUAGGCUAAACUUCAGAACGUAAAAAAUGCCAACUCUUUUCUCUCUUUGUUAGUUUGGCUAUAAAUUACAUUUUUCACACCAUAUUUCCUGUAUUUCUGAGUUAGUGAAUGAUCUCAAUGUUUUACCAGCUGCACAAGAAAUAUUAUAAAAUUCUGCAAAGCAGAAUGUAUUCACUAAAGAGUAAGUCAUGGAUAGCUGAUAGCCACAUUGCAAAUUGUAGUCCAGAAGAGUAAUAUUGUGAAAAAGUCUGCAAAUUGGCAAAGUUGUCAGUUUGCUUAAACAAUAGUUAAUUACUUGAUCAUAAAAAUUACAGUAGAAGUAAAUGUAACCCUCACUUAGUAAAAUAAAAUAAUAAUAAUUAUUAUUAUAUAUGAGUUCCAGCCAACUUGUAGUUUAGGGAAUAAUUCCCUAGUGAUAUUACUGAAAUGUUGGCUAAACUGGGGAAACGUAUAGUGACCAUGCAAGGAUGUAGAGUGCUAGUAAUGUGAAUACAGAACAUGUACUCUAAGCCUCUACACUCAACGUGACUGGUUGCAUUGCAUAAAUGGAAUCCUGUCUCUUAGCAGGUAUCUAAGGCCACAAGAAUCCCACGAAGCUCUUCACUGGAAUCUCCAUAUUGCUCACCAACAUUGGUUCGGAAAAAAGCCAUUCGGAGCAAAGUCCUCCGAUCCGGUGCCUAUCGCUCCCCUAAUUAUGAGUCCUUACUCCAGCGAGAGACAGAGGAGCAAAGUCCCCCUGGUAAUCAUCAAGCCUCCAUUCUUUUCCUCUCAAAGUGUUAUUCACAGACUUGUGCUAAUCCAGGGUGUAUGUGGACUAUAGUGAAUAACCGUCAGUAGGAGUAGAAAGUACUCCACACUCCUUAUGAGUAAAGACUACUCUCGUCCUAAUUCCAGCACUCAACAUGAGUAAAGAUUACUCCUUUAGAUUCUCAUUCCCUGUAUGACUUAAGACUACUUUAUCUGACUGACACAUGACAUGUAUCAAGGCUACUCUACUCUUACACUCAGCAUGAGUAAAGCCUAUACGACUCGAUCCUCACACUCAACGAGGGUAAAAACUACUGAAAUCAAGCCAAGUUGUAUUAGCACAGCAGCACAUAAAAGGCAGGGCUCCAUAUUGAAGCCCUACUCUGUAUUGUAUUAUUAGUACAAAUAUAAAGAUCUCAAAGGCAAACAUGGCUGCAGAACAAGAGAGAGAAGAAGUGAAGAAAGACAGGAAGAUAACACGCCACCUCUCCAGCACCAUAGAGUAUAAACAAUCGAAUGUCUCCACCAAUAGCAAUAUGUUCACACGACUCUCACACUCAAAUAAAUGGGGGAAUUCAGUAAUGGAGUUUUUCACUAAACUGGACAUUUUGGAAAAUUGAGAAAAUAAUUACACAUUUUAGAUCAAAAUAAGCAAAUUGGGAAAAAAAAUAUCCAACUCAAAAAUAUUUACCUAAAAUGUUCAAUUUUCCUUUAAUGAACAACCCUCCCAUAAAGUAAUCUGGGCAAUGUAGAGGCAAUACAUUGGAGGUAAUUCACACAAUUCACUAUCCUUCAAAAUUGCCAGAUUCUGAAUUAGUCUCUUCAUAUUUACUAUGGCACAUUCAGUGAUCAGAAGUCACCGAUAUAGUCCUGACACGGUUACAAGCAGACACUGAUAUAGUACUGACACAGUUACAGGCAGUCAGUGAUACAGUCCUGACACUGUUACAGGCAGUCACUAAUAUAGUACUGACACUGUUACAGGCAGUCACUGAUAUAGUACUGACACGUUACAGGCAGUCAGUGAUAUAGUCCUGACACGGUUACAAGCAGACACUGAUAAAGUACUGACACAGUUACAGACAGUCACUGAUAUAGUCCUGACACGUUACAGACAGUCAGUGAUAUAGUACUGACACGGUUACAGACAGUCAGUGAUAUAGUACUGACAUGUUACAGACAGUCAGUGAUAUAGUACUGACACGGUUACAGACGGUCAGUGAUAUAGUACUGACACAGUUACAGACAGUCACCGAUAUAGUCCUGACACAGUUACAGGCAGUCAGUGAUAUAGUCCUGACACAGUUACAGGCAGUCAGUGAUAUGGUUACAGGCAGUCAGUGAUAUAGUACUGACACGGUUACAGGCAGUCCUGACAUGGUUACAGGCAGUCAGUGAUAUAGUACUGACACAGUUACAGGCAGUCAGUGAUAUAGUAGUGAGACAGUCAGUGAUAUAAUCCUGACAUGUUACAGGCAGUCAGUGAUAUAAUCCUGACACAGUUACAGGCAGUCAGUGAUAUAGUCCUGACACAGUUACAGGCAGUCAGUGAUAUAAUCCUGACACAGUUACAGGCAGUCAGAGAUAUAGUCCUGACACAUUUACAGGCAGUCAGUGAUAUAGUCCUUACACGGUUACAGGCAGUCAGUGAUAUAGUCCUUACACGGUUACAGGUAGUCAGGGAUAUAGUACUGACACAGUUACAGGCAGUCAGUGAUAUAGUCCUGACACGGUUACAGGCAGUCAGUGAUAUAGUACUGACACAGUUACAGGCAGUCAGUAAUAUAGUACUGAGACAGUCAGUGAUAUAAUCCUGACACGUUACAGGCAGUCAGUGAUAUAGUCCUGACACUGUUACAGGCAGUCAAUGAUAUAGUACUGACACUGUUACAGGCAGUCACUGAUAUAGUACUGACACGUUACAGGCAGUCAGUGAUAUAGUCCUGACACGGUUACAAGCAGACACUGAUAAAGUACUGACACAGUUACAGACAGUCACUGAUAUAGUCCUGACACGUUACAGGCAGUCAGUGAUAUAGUACUGACACGGUUACAGGCAGUCAGUGAUAUAGUACUGACACGGUUACAGACAGUCACUGAUAUAGUAUUGACACGGUUACAGUCAGUCAGAGAUAUAGUCCUGACAUGGUUACAGGCAGUCAGUGAUAUAGUACUGACAUGGUUACAGGCAGUCAGUGAUACAGUCCUGACACUGUUACAGGCAGUCACUGAUAUAGUACUGACACGUUACAGGCAGUCACUGAUAUAGUACUGACACGUUACAGGCAGUCAGUGAUAUAGUCCUGACACGGUUACAAGCAGACACUGAUAAAGUACUGACACAGUUACAGACAGUCACUGAUAUAGUCCUGACACGUUACAGGCAGUCAGUGAUAUAGUACUGACACGGUUACAGGCAGUCAGUGAUAUAGUACUGACACAGUUACAGACAGUCACUGAUAUAGUAUUGACACGGUUACAGUCAGCCAGAGAUAUAGUCCUAACAUGGUUACAGGCAGUCAGUGAUAUAGUACUGACAUGGUUACAGGCAGUCACUGAUAUAGUACUGACAUGGUUACAGGCAGUCACUGAUAUAGUCCUGACACGGUUACAGGCAGUCAGUGAUAUAGUACUGACAUGGUUACAGGCAGUCACUGAUAUAGUCCUGACACGGUUACAGUCAGUCAGAGAUAUAGUCCUGACACAGUUACAGGCAGUCAGUGAUAUAGUACUGACACAGUUACAGGCAGUCAGUGAUAUAGUACUGACACGGUUACAGGCAGUCAGUGAUAUAGUCCUGACAUGGUUACAGGCAGUCAGUGAUAUAGUACUGACACAGUUACAGACAGUGACCGAUAUAGUCCUGACACAGUUACAGGCAGUCAGUGAUAUAGUCCUGACACAGUUACAGGCAGUCAGUGAUAUAGUACUGACACGUUACAGACAGUCAGUGAUAUAGUACUGACACGGUUACAGACAGUCAGUGAUAUAGUACUGACACAGUUACAGACAGUCACCGAUAUAGUCCUGACACAGUUACAGGCAGUCAGUGAUAUAGUCCUGACAUGGUUACAGGCAGUCAGUGAUAUAGUACUGACACAGUUACAGGCAGUCAGUGAUAUAGUAGUGAGACAGUCAGUGAUAUAGUACUGACACAGUUACAGUCAGUCAGUGAUAUAAUCCUGACACAAUUACAGACAGUCAGUGAUAUAGUACUGACAUUGUUACAGACAGUCAGUGAUAUAGUCCUGACAUGGUUACAGGCAGUCAGUGAUAUAGUACUGACACAGUUACAGGCAGUCAGUGAUAUAGUAGUGAGACAGUCAGUGAUAUAGUACUGACACAGUUACAGUCAGUCAGUGAUAUAAUCCUGACACAAUUACAGACAGUCAGUGAUAUAGUACUGACAUUGUUACAGACAGUCAGUGAUAUAGUCCUGACAUGGUUACAGGCAGUCAGUGAUAUAGUACUGACACAGUUACAGGCAGUCAGUGAUAUAGUAGUGAGACAGUCAGUGAUAUAAUCCUGACAUGUUACAGGCAGUCAGUGAUAUAAUCCUGAAACAGUUACAGGCAGUCAGUGAUAUAGUCCUGACACAGUUACAGGCAGUCAGUGAUAUAAUCCUGACACAGUUACAGGCAGUCAGAGAUAUAGUCCUGACACAGUUACAGGCAGUCAGUGAUAUAGUCCUUACACGGUUACAGGCAGUCAGUGAUAUAGUCCUGACACGGUUACAAGCAGACACUGAUAAAGUACUGACACAGUUACAGACAGUCACUGAUAUAGUCCUGACACGUUACAGGCAGUCAGUGAUAUAGUACUGACACAGUUACAGGCAGUCAGUGAUAUAGUACUGACACAGUUACAGACAGUCACUGAUAUAGUAUUGACACGGUUACAGUCAGUCAGAGAUAUAGUCCUGACAUGGUUACAGGCAGUCACUGAUAUAGUACUGACACGUUACAGGCAGUCAGUGAUAUAGUCCUGACACGGUUACAAGCAGACACUGAUAAAGUACUGACACAGUUACAGACAGUCAGUGAUAUAGUACUGACACGGUUACAGACAGUCAGGGAUAUAGUACUGACACGGUUACAGACAGUCAGUGAUAUAGUCCUGACACAGUUACAGGCAGUCAGUGAUAUAGUAUUGACACGGUUACAGACAGUCAGUGAUAUAGUACUGACACAGUUACAGGCAGUCAGAGAUAUAGUCCUGACACGGUUACAGGCAGUCAGUGAUAUAGUCCUGACACGGUUAAAGGCAGUCAGAGAUAUAGUACUGACACGGUUACAGACAGUCAGUGAUAUAGUACUGACACGGUUACAGACAGUCAGUGAUAUAGUACUGACACGGUUACAGACAGUCAGGGAUAUAGUACUGACACGGUUACAGACAGUCAGGGAUAUAGUACUGACACGGUUACAGACAGUCAGUGAUAUAGUACUGACACAGUUACAGGCAGUCAGUGAUAUAGUCCUGACACGGUUAAAGGCAGUCAGAGAUAUAGUACUGACACGGUUACAGACAGUCAGUGAUAUAGUACUGACACGGUUACAGACAGUCAGUGAUAUAGUACUGACACGGUUACAGACAGUCAGGGAUAUAGUACUGACACGGUUACAGACAGUCAGGGAUAUAGUACUGACACGGUUACAGACAGUCAGUGAUAUAGUCCUGACACAGUUACAGGCAGUCAGUGAUAUAGUACUGACACGGUUACAGACAGUCAGGGAUAUAGUCCUGACACAGUUACAGGCAGUCAGUGAUAUAGUCCUGACACGGUUACAGACAGUCAGUGAUAUAGUACUGACACAGUUACAGGCAGUCAGUGAUAUAGUCCUGACACGGUUACAGACAGUCAGUGAUAUAGUCCUGACACAGUUACAGGCAGUCAGUGAUAUAGUCCUGACACGGUUACAGGCAGUCAGAGAUAUAGUCCUGACACGGUUAAAGGCAGUCAGAGAUAUAGUACUGACACAGUUACAGGCUGGAUUAUUCACUAAAGUGAGAAUUGUUGGAUAUUUAAGGUGAAUUUCAAACGUAAGGCGAGCAGUUUCCAAAGAUAGUUAUUUUUCGUUUAUGGAAUUAAUGAUAGGAAACCUGUAACUUUGCGGUUUGUUUACAAUCCAUUUAUUUUAAAAUCUUUUUUGCCCAUUUCUCAUUUAGAUUUACAAAAUCUUCAAUCAGUUGAUCUCCACGGGAACAGGGACCUAAUGCGGGAUGCGGUCUGGUUCUUCGCUGGAAUUAGUAGGUAUGGUGACCACGAUUGGAGAGCCAGACACUUUAACCCAUUCACUGCUGAGGUCACCUUUUGCAUUCUCCAUCAGCAGAGAAGGGCUUUGCCCAUGCACACUAAUGCUGGGUCAGAUUGUAUUACGGUGUGACUGGUCCCUUGUUUAUGUUGGUAGCCUCAGUUCUGUUUCGGGCGGGAAGAAUCAUGACUAUCCCAGGAUGCAGCUGGUCAUUAGGGGAUUUUGUACGUAAUAUUUAUUAAAUUAGCGUUAUCAUAUAAAGCAUCAUCUGUCUCUGGGUGUGCACUCUGAUUUAUACACUCAUUCUGAUGGUAAAUAUUGUAGAUGUUUUUUGGAUCACUGCACAAAGAUGAUCUCUCCCACCGAGUGGAACUCACUCACAUUACCUGCAGACAGUCUACUGAUUACAAUCUGUGGAUAACUUAGAAAUCCUGGCUCAAUAUCCUCCAGUAAACUUCCUAUUUAAGGAAUAGGCCACAGUUUGAUUAACGAGAAUUCUGCAGCCCCAGAACUACAUAGUGUCACGGUUUCUUUGCUGUUUUAAACAGCAACCCUUCCUUUUUCAGUGUCUGAGUUUUCAGCUGAGAUUAACGAUCAGCCCCUUCGCUAUGUUGCCACGGUUACUCACCUGAGAAUAGUAAUCAAUCCUGCUGCUAAUCAGCGCAGCCUAUUUAAGCAGCUAAUCCCAGAACCUCCUUGCCCUUGCGUGGUUUCCUGUCCCCUAGAAGUCUCCUUGUUCCUGUGUUUCCUGUUUGCUCCUGGUUCCUGACUCUGGCCUUGUUCCUGACUCCGCUGCUCUCCGUUCUCCUGAUCCUGGCUCGUCUGACUACCCGCUCUGGUGACUGACCCCUGUUUGCCUCCUGGACGUUGCUUUUGGUGAUUUCUUUGUUAUUUAUUAAAUAAAGGUGUUUUUGCAUCUAGUUCUGUCUCUGUCUGGUUCCCGAUACCUGACAUUACGCAAUGGCCAUGAAUACAGAUGGUACAGGCAAUACACCUAUACCUAACCUAUUUACCCGGUGGGACCAGCAGAACCACCAUUUGGACCAGUAUGCUUAUCUGGAUCCAGCACUUGGCCAGCCUGUGAUUGCGGCCGCCUCUGCCUCACUUCCUGUUCUAGCACCGGUUGCAGCCAACAAACCUGUUGCGGCUAGAGGAAUGACUGGGUCUGUCCCGCUCCCUCAGUAUUUUGGGGGCAACCCAGCUCAGUGCAAAGAAUUUGUAAAUCAGGUUAAAGGAUAACUUGAAAUGCUUCCCCAGACAUUUCCUACAGACAGAGACAAAGUCCAGUUCAUGAUUUCUUUGCUGUCUGAAAAAGCCCUAGCUUGGGCAAAACCUCUCUGGAGGCAGAGAGGCCCAUUAUGUACAAUUACCCUGAAUUUGUUGCGUCCUUUAAAAGGGUUUUUGAUAUUCCAGCUCGCUCCACCCCUACUGCCAAACAACUCAUGUCUAAUGCUCAGGGCACGAGAACUAUUGUCGAGUAUGCCAGUGAAUUCCGUACCAUAGCAGCAGAGGGUGGCUGGAACAACGAGACUCUCGUGGCUGCCUUUGCACAGGGGCUCUCCGAUGUUAUUAAAAAUGAGAUUGCAGCCAGAGAAUUACCUAAAGAUCUUGAGGAACUGAUAUCCUUUGUCACCCUCAUUGAUAUCAGACUCCGAGAGAGAUCCUCAUCCAGGGAGCGCCUGCGGAGGCCUCCUGUAUAUUUGGCACAGAGCUUUUCUUGCCCACCCAAACCUCCCUCACCUCAAUUACCUCCUGGUCCUGAGCACUCUGUCGGUGUGGAGCCGAGGCGGUUAGGCUUCUCACGUCUCUCUGUCGAGGAGAGAGCCUUUAGGAGGAGGGAGGGCCUGUGCCUAUACUGCGGACACCAGGGUCACAUGUUAAAGUUUUGCCGAUUCGUCCGGUAAAGGGCCCGCACCCAAGAUACUGUUUGGGGCAGAUCUUGGGUGGUCUUUCUGCAGACCCAGAGAUAUAUGAGGACAAACUCUUGGUGCCUAUUAUCCUCUCCUGGCCUGAUUCAUCCAUUAAAACCCGGGCAUUGCUUGAUUCUGGGGCCGCAGGCUCGUUCAUAGACUGUGCAUUUGCAUCGGAGCACUCUAUACCCUUACAGCCUCGCAACUCUCCGCUAGCUUUCGAAGCCAUCGAUGGCAGACCAAUACAGCCAACCCACGUGACCCAGGAGACCGUGCCCAUAUCUCUGGCUGUAGGGGUUCUACAUCAUGAGACGAUCCAAUUCCAGGUCAUUUCCUCUCCAUAUUACCAGGUUGUUUUGGGAUACCCUUGGUUACAGAAGCAUAACCCCACAAUUGAUUGGCGCAAAGCUGAGAUAUUAUCUUGGUCCCAGCAAUGCACAUUUUCUUGUCUCCGGAAACCGGUCAAAGUUUUUGGCACAUUUUCUGCCUCUUCCUUAUCCGCUGAGUACCAAGAAUUCCAAGAUGUAUUUGACAAGGGUCAAGCCAGCGUUCUGCUGCCACACAGUCCGUAUGACUGUGGUAUCGAACUCCAACCUGGUGCCAUUCCUCCCCCGUGGUCGGAUUUAUCCACUGUCUGUAGCAGAGAAUCGAGCCAUGGAGGAGUAUAUUACUGAUGCAUUGUCAAAGGGAUUCAUUCGGAACUCAUCUUCUCCUGCCGGGGCCGGCUUUUUCUUUGUGAAAAAGAAGAGUGGUGAGUUGAGACCCUGUAUCGAUUAUAGGGGUCUCAAUCGCAUUACUAUUAAGAAUGCCUACCCUAUUUCGUUGAUCACAGAGUUAUUCGACCGCCUCAAGGGAGCAACAGUCUUCACUAAAUUUGAUCUGAGAGGGGCAUAUAAUCUCGUCCGGAUAAAAGAGGACCAUGAAUGGAAAACCGCAUUUAACACCAGGAGCGGUGUAAUGCCUUUUGAUCUUUGCAAUGCUCCGGCGGGUUUCCAGGAAUUUAUAAAUGAUGUCCUGCGAGAUAUGCUGCAGCAAUGUGUGGUGGUUUAUCUUGACGAUAUUCUUAUUCAUUCCACAUCUCUCGAGAACCAUCACGCAGACGUUUAUCGUGUUCUACAGAGACUCAGAGAAAAUAAUCUGUUCUGUAAAUUGGAGAAAUGUGAGUUCAACUGCAAACAGGUCACAUUCUUGGGCUAUGUUAUCUCAGAUGCUGGAUUCUCUAUGGAUCCAGAGAAACUUUCUGCUGUACUGCAAUGGCCUCAACCUACGGGUCUUCGCUCUAUACAGCAUUUUCUUGGCUUCGCCAAUUAUUAUCGGAAAUUCAUAAACAACUUUUCUUCCUUGGUUAAAUCUCUCACGGAUAUGACUAGAAGAGAUGCUGAUCCACAACAUUGGUCACAGGAAGCCAUUACUGCCUUUGAGUCCCUCACAGGAAGCCAUUACUGCCUUUGAGUCCCUCAAAUUUUAAUUUUAGCUCUCAAAGAAUGGAGGAACCUUCUUGAGGGUACUUCAGUGCCAAUUCUCAUCCUCACAGACCACAAGAAUCUUACAUAUCUUUCCGAAGCUAAGCGGCUGGGUUCAGUAUUCAGUCUAUGGAGAGCUGCAGGGUUCAGUGCUCAGUCUAUGUAGAGCAGCAGGGUUCAGUAUUCAGUCUAUGGAGAGCUGCAGGGUUCAGUAUUCAGUCUCUGGAGAGCUGCAGGGUUCAGUGUUCAGUCUAUGGAGAGCUGCAGGGUUCAGUAUUCAGUAUCUGGAGAUCUGCAGGGUUCAGUAUUCAGUUCUAUGGAGAGCUGCAGGGUUCAGUGUUCAGUCUAUGGAGAGCUGCAGGGCUCAGUAUUCAGUCAAUGGAGAGCUGCAGGGUUCAGUAUUCAGUCUAUGGAGAGCUGCAGGGUUCAAUGUUCAGUCUAUGGAGAGCUGUGCUCAGUCUAUGGAGAGCUGCAGGGCUCAGUGUUCAGUCUAUAGAGAGCUGUGCUCAGUCUAUGGAGAGCUGCAGGGUUCAGUAUUCAGUCUAUGGAGAGCUGCAGGGUUCACUGUUCAGUCUAUGGAGAGCUGCAGGGUUCAGUGUUCAGGCUAUGGAGAGCUGCAGGGUUCUGUUUCAGUUUACAACAAGCUGCACAUUUAAGUUGUGGUUUACGAUGAGCUGCAGAAUUUUGUUUUCAGUUUAUUCAGUGUUGACUUUCACUUUAUACUGACACGGUUACAGGCAGUCACUGACAUAGUCCUUACACGGUUACAGUCACUGAUGGUCCAGGCAGUAAUUUGGUUUGUGUUCAUCCACAGAGAUACUGGGUUAACGUUACUGAAGAAUGACAGGAUGGGGGCGUUCUUGUUCCGUGCAGAUCCCGGAAGUGAAGGGAAUCUGACAAUGUUCAUAAGAACCCAGUGUGGUGUCAUCCCAUACAAAGUCUACAGAACCUCACAGGGCAAGUACUGCUUGGAGGUAGGUGACGUAUCAGAUGACGAACAGAUAAGCAGAUUUUAUAGAGUGCAAUGCAAAUCAAGUCUGUUCAGAUCUGUAAUGUCCAGUGUAACUACUCAGUAACACCACACUCAGUGUUCUUAUAAUUCCGGUCUUGUUCUUUUAGCAUCUCACAGAAGAGUUUGCCAGUUUGACAGCCCUGGUGGAGCACCAUUCAGACCCCGAUGACACACUCUUUAACCAGCUGGCUCAUGGCCGUGUCAACCCGUGUUACGAGGUCAACGAACCAAUCGUCGACUUCAAAGAUAUGAUGGAACACCAAAGCCAACCCCUAUCAGACCCACACUCAGUCUCUCUAACAGAGUCUUCAGUUACCUCAGCUCAAACUCACACCAUUCACAGUGAGCUACAGUCCCACUGUCCACUGUCUACCCCAGAUAUGCCCGGUACCAUUCCUACAGACCAAAGUCACCCCACCUCUAAUAACUCCAAACAUUCACUGUCACCCUCACGUAGAUUCCCACUGCCAGAAGGGGACAGCAGUCCAACACACACAGUCUACAGGUAA